CCUAAACGCCUCCUUCAAGAACUGCAGCUGGGCACGGCUCCAAAAGCGAGUCGCCGCCGCCGCCGCCGCAGCAACAACCAGGAGGCAGGAGUUCAAAGUUAGCAACGGGUUACACAACUUGGGCGCUGAGUGACUGACUCUUCCCGAGCCCAAGUGGCCGCCGAGGGAGGGAAGCUUUCGCAGCCCGCCUUGGUUUGGGCUCCCUCGUCCUUUGAUGUUGUUGCCGUCCUGCCGCCUUGGGAACUUACCAUGGCUCCCUUUGGACGGAAUCUCUUGAAGACCCGGCACAAAAAUAGAUCACCAGUGAAAGAGAUGGCUUCCUCUGAGCGAGAAAUAGUAGUCUGGGUUUGCCAGGAAGAGAAAAUUGUAAGUGGACUCACCAAGCGUACAACUUGCAUGCAAGUAAUUGAAGCUCUGCUUGAAGAACAUCAAGCCACUUUUGGUGAGAAGAGGUUUCUCUUUGGACAGCCAAAGGAUUACUGUAUUGUUGAGAAAUGGAGAGGUUCUGAGCGAGUUCUUCCUCCUCUCACAAAAAUGUUGAGACUCUGGAAAGCCUGGGGUGAAGAGCAACCCAAUUUGCACUUUGUCUUAGUCAAGGCAGAUGUCUUCCCACCCUUCCCAUUAUGGAGGACAGCUGAGGCUAAGAUGGUACCAAAUCUAGAAAAACACUGGGACCUCAGCCCAGCGAAUUACAUGAAGAUGUUGCCAGUGGACAAGCAAAAGAGGAUUGUUAGGAAAACUUUCCGGAAGCUGGCAAAACUUAAACAAGAAGGGGUUCUCCAGGAGAGGGACAAUAUAGAAACACUCAUCCACUUGAUCUUGUCCCAAGAUCACACCAUUCACCAGCAAGUCAACAGAAUGAAGGAGCUGGACUUAGAAAUUGAGAAGUGUGAGGCCAAGUGUCACCAAGACCGGCUUGAAAGUGAUGGAGAAAAUUAUGUGCAGGAGACUUACUUAAUGGCAACUUUGGGUAAUGCUGAACAGCAAAAGGACAUGUCUCACAGUCAGCUACUGAUGCAGGAAGGCCUUUGCAAAGAUGAGAGACUUGCACAAGUGGAAGAAGGGCUAAAGCAUCACCAAUUGUUGAUUGAAAAGCUGUCUUCAGAGAUUGAACAAGAGAUGAAAGGGCUAGAAAAGAGUGCAGACGAUGGAGACACAUGGACAGAGGAAGCAAUUAAUGGUGAAAUAAAACAUUCUGAUGUAGAAAGCAUGAAGUGUGAUCUAGAAAAAAGUAUGAAAGAUGCCUUGAGGAUCCAUUCUCAAAUGAAUUAUAUCCAGCAGGAGUUAAAAUACAGAGAUCUAAUGCUUCAGAAGAAGGGAAAAGAAUUUGAACUGCUUGUGGAAGAGCUUAAUGCCUUUCAUGCUAAAGACGAAACUGAAUGUAGAUUCCCACCCAGUGAGGAAUUAGCAAAGGGUAGUGAAACGGUUACCAAGACUUUUGCAGGGACAGAACUUCUUCACAAAGUGACCACUUUAGACAUAAAUGAUACAGACUCUGAUACUGGAAUCAGUUCUACUCAUAGUCAAGACUCAGAAACAGCUAUAGGGGAUGCACUGCUAUUGUCCACAUAGUAGACAAUUGUUUAUUUUUUUGAGAACAGUGUAAUAUUAAUGCCCCUUAAAGACAUUGGGAUAAUAAUAUAUAUAAGGUGGUGUAAGGUGUUCUGACGGCAUAAGACUUUCCAAGUCAGCAAACUUGGUCAUAAAUCAAAAAUAUAGCUAAUUUUCAGUUGCAAAGAGGAAAGAGUAAAAUGGUUUCCCCCACUUCCUAAUGCAAAUAAUUUAGCCAAUUGAGCAUAAUCAUAGUUCAUGUAGAGGAUUUCAAAUGCAUUUGACAAAGAAAAGCCUAACUAGGCUGUAGUGGUAAUGGACCAUGAACUAUAAUCUAAACCACUGUAAGUAAAAGCGAUCACCAUAUGUAUCUGUUCCAGUCCCAUGGGGAAUAUUAUUGCUUCUCAUUAUUUUAUAAAUUGACCCACUGCCAAGCAAAGUAUUCUUCAUGGCUCCGAUGAUUCUGACCCUGCUCACUCCAUCUUAUGAAGAUCUGUGUGGAUAUCUUGUGCACAAGAUUUUUUUUUGUUUUUUCACACCUUUCCCUGACACGUGUGCAAAAAAAGUAUUGGAGCUGGGGCUGGCAGGGAUGAUGGAAGAAAAAUGUAUUUGCCUUUAAUCUCUUAUUAAAUCAACAAGUCCAUACAUAACAACGUGUGACUCAUAUGAUCAAAUUCAGGAGUUGCCAUUAUUUUGAGAGGUAGUGAUCCCUUUUUAGCACUCUUUGUCUGAACUUGAGGUAAAUUAUUUGCUUCUGAAAAAGUGGCCUUACAGUGCAUAUUUUCCAGAGUCACUGUUUUUCCUCAGCACAUAAGUAGAAGAAAAUUAAGGUUUCAUGUGGCAAAAAAUUACAAAGAGCAUUACAGUGCCAUUAGAUUGAAUAGGAAUCUGGCAUCUCUCCCCCCCCCCGCCCCUGCUUUGGCUUGCUACAGUUCUUAUAUGUCAUUUUACAGUAUAUUUGUAAUAUAUAUAAAGGUUCUUUGUUUGCACAUACCUUAGGUAAGCAAGAAUAGGUUCAGUGAACUCCUGAAUGUAUAUUUUAGACUUUGGUUGUUAAACGGAUGGACCACAGUUCAAGUACUGCAUCAGCUGUUUGCUAUAAAGCACCAAGAAACCCAUGGUGAUAGUACAUGGCUGCCAUUUUGAUGGUGGGUUUGGUUGGCCUGAGUUAGAUCCUGUUUUAGACUGCAAAUGAAAGGACAAUAUUUAAGAAUGGAUAAAUGGAAGCAGUAUUGGUCCUUUGGAAAUGUUGACAUUAUCUUCCUUAUGAAUAUGAUUUGCUCUUGUCUUCCUUCCUUCCUUCCUUCCUUCCUUCCUUCCUUCCUUCCUUCCUUUAUGCAUUGUCUGCUGAGAUGUUCAACAUGACUAGGAAAGACUCGGAUAUGACAUGGAAAAUGUUUUCUUCAUUCUUCAGUCUGUUUUGGAUGUUAUGAAGAGAGUUUUCUACAGAGUUCUGUUGACUGCCUCAUUUGUUAAAAAUGGUGGCUGUUACUGUUUAGCAUUAUACUAAUUGCCUUAAUUAUUGUGGUCUCUAGCCUAUUGGCUCUCAGUAGAAACAGAGAUGAAUAGCAGAUUAGGUGUUGUAGAUUUUUAUUAAUUUAUUAAUGCUUUCAAGCAUCUUUUUUUAUACUUCACAAGAUGUUGUAUAAAUUCUUACAUCUCCAGUGCCGAAAAAAAAGCUAAUGUAAAUCAUUAGUUAGCAAUUUCAAGUAUUCCCAGAGAUCAUGUAAUAUAUAAAAAUAACAUUUUUAGUUUUUAAUGCUGUACAAGAUGCAGGUUGCUAGUGCCUCUUAAGUGCCAUUGUAUUGUAAAUGAGAAUUAAACUAGAAAAUUUACUUUAUGAAGAUAGUCUAAGUGGUAUUCACUGAUACUUCAAGCCUAAUUUAGCUUUCUUUACCUCCUCCUUUACAUGUCUGCAGUUUUUUAAAACAAUCCCACGUUUGGGGAAGAUUGGGUGAAGAUUGGGU